GUUGUUGGCUGCGUCCGCGUCCCCCGCUGUGUCCCCGUGUUGUGCUAUUCCCUGGAUCGGCGUGAUUGUCCGUCAUCCUGACACGUUCACCUGAAUACGAGUGAAUCCGAAGAAUGUCAGCAUCAUCCAGAGGGUAAACGAUUGCCACCUGGAUGACAUCCGUCGCAGGGGUGGAAUGUCAACUGCAUCAAAACGGAUAUCUUUAUUGCUAUUUGGCUGGCGCAACAACGAAUGCUCCAUCAAGACGAAAAAGGCUCUGGGAGCCUUUCCACGGUGACAUUGAGUAUCAACAAUGUCCAAUGUGCAAUUAAGCAGUACGGCGCUGCAUCAUACUGUAAGUGCAAGAAGCCAAAACCAAGUGAGCGCCUUUUACACACCUCUUACUUCGUUCGCUGAAAUGUGGUAUCAAAUUUUCUUAUGGGCAUUAUUCUCAUCAAUAUUUGUCCACACAAUUGCCGCAGCAAUUUGUUUCGCAACGUUAAGAAAACAUAAAUAUGGAAAAUUCUUCCCAUUAUUAAUUUUAAUAAUGGGAUUUCUACUGCCACUUACAUCCGGCGUACUAAACUCAGCAACAGUUGCAUUCGUCUAUCGUGCAUCGAGUUAUCAAAUGCCACCCCUGUACGCACUAUUCUGGGGAAUUGGACAAACGGUUUUGGCCGGUUGCAUUGGCUUCACGAGGAUAUUAGCAACUUUAUAAGCACCGCAACAAUUCUGGUAAAACCAGGAGAAAAUGAGAGGGCAAAUAAUAUGGAACUGGUGCUCGUAUUUGAAUCAACAAAAGCACUACCUCCGCUGUGCAUUCUUUUAUGGCAUUGACAACUCCUCAAUUGAUUUAUAAAUUUAGGGUAACGUGGAUUAUCUGUUCGUCGUAAUUUGUAGAUAGAAAAAUCGGUUGAUGCGGUAUCACGGGAUCCAUCAAAUAUCAUACCGAAACUCACUCGCGUCUUUCAUGUGAUUUGUGAUUGUAUCCAGUGAUGACGUACAUCACUUUAUUUUUGUAAUCACGAUGCAGUCAUUUUUUGCAGCUGUUUUUCGAUAUUUUCUGUUGAAUAAUUUUCCGGAAAAUUUUCGAAAAUUUACCAGCUUUCUUCUACUUUUAUUCACUUGUAAAUAUCCAACGUAGUAAUGUCGAGUAUUUGCGACACUUUAAUUCCAUUCAAGAUCAUUAUUUUAAGCUAGAUUUAUUCGUGCAAAAAAUUAAAAAAAACGACGAUUUUUUAGAUCUAUAAAUCGUCAAUUUUCGCACAAACUUGUUCCGAGAUAAAAUAGCCACAGUUGGAUGAUUCGUAGGAUCAUAGACGAUGUUGGUAAAUGGAGGACGAGAGGAACAUCAGUGUAUUGAGUCCGUACAAUUGUACCAUCCUUUUUACCUCAUAUUUGAGUCCACAAUAUUCGUAAAAGAGUUAAUGUUAAGCAAUGAUCUGUUCUGUACAUACUCGUAUCCGUUCUCCACUAGGAUAAUGUGUAUAUAAUCACCCAUUAUUCAAUUAUCGCGUUAUAUUUAUGAAUAUUAUACAAUUAAUCAUCAGUAAUUAAUUUUUAAACGAGAAACAACGCGAUGAAAGUGAUUAAUGGAGAGGUCAGUGUGGAGAAUCGUUCUCUACUGGAGUAAUAAAAUCUUGUCUGAAAGAGGAA